AUGGUUGGGGUCUUCUACCUUACGAGGAUAAGUGGACCAGUGCUGGUGCUGACUCUGGGUGUGAAGGGGGACUUACAGAUGGGGGGACAGGGUGAUUUACAGGGCAAGGAACAGGGCAAAGUGAAAGGCUUGCUGACCUUGACAGCAUUGCCUCCUGGGAGAUCUAAACAUGAAGCAACUGAGGAUCUUACCCUAAGAGCAGCAAUUUAUGGAUUGUUGCUCGACAUCCACAUUGAUAAAACAGACUGGAAAAGUGCGCUGCAGCUUCUGGACCAAGCCAUUAGAGACAUGCCACGCACCAAACACAGGCUACUUCUUCUGAAACACAGAAUACUGAUUAAAGCGCGACUGGGGGAAAGCGUGCUGAUUGACAUGCAGAAGAUACAAGAUGAAGGAGAGCAGUGCUGUUCACACAUGUGGCACCAGGUGGCGCUGUGUGCUGACGACACCACCCAACAGCUCACCUGCUAUCAGACAUCCAUCACCUCUUUGACGAGUGCAGAGACUCAGUGGCAGAAGGCCAACCUUCUGCUGGAGUUUGGAGAGUGGCUGUACUGUCACAACUUCCCCAAAGCUGACGCCCAUCACCAGGUUCAGUGGGCCAUAGACCUCCUUCUACAGGCAGAAGGAGCAG